UUUACUUGCUAUUUUUCUUACAGUAAAUGCUGUUCCAUUUAAAUUUAAUAAAAGAGCUACCACCUUCAACCCUUGCCGUCCACGUAAUGGUACUUAUGCUGACCCACUUACUGUGGCAAUACAGCCUGACCCUGUUGUUAGUAACGGAACCGCUCAAUUUAAUGUAUCCGGAACAUUAACAAAAUAUAAUAUCACCGCAGGCAAAACUAUGCUUGGAAUUGGUUUUGGAGACUCAGCAAAGCAGCCAAUAGGUCAUCCUUACAAUCUAACAUUCGAUAAAUCACAUGUUGUUGGAUGCCCAUUUUCAAUACUUGCAUCAAAUGUUUCUGUUCCUACUUUACCUAAUUCAUAUAUAAUUGCAGUUAUUGUUGGAGAACCAACCGGUGAUCCAAAAAAUCCAUAUUCUGUUUAUGGCUGUGCGCUUGCUAAUGAACGUAUACCAGGAAUACAAGGUAGUGAUGGUUAA